ACCACAAAGGUAUAAAAAUCCAUAAAAACACUAACAUAUUUUCCAUUCUGCGUAAAACCGUGUAACAUAUAUGAAGCGUCUUGAUCAUUUGUAAUAAUCUACAUAUACACCGUUUUAACAAGGGUUUGAUCUUAUUACAUUUUAAGUCUUUUAUUUUUGAGAUCAUUGUGCCUCAACAGGCUAUCUAGGAGUGCCAUAAGUAGUCUUUCUUUCGCAGCUGAUCCAAGAUGGAGGCACUUUACUCUAUCCCGUUCUCAGUGUUGGAAUGCCCCAAUUUAAAGCUCAAGAAACCAUCUUGGGUGAGGGCUCCGUCUGCCAUGGUGGUGUACGGAUUCGUGCUUGUUUCAUACUUCCUCGUGACAGGAGGUAUCAUCUAUGACGUGAUUGUGGAGCCUCCAAGUGUUGGUUCGACCACUGAUGAAAAUGGACAUGCAAAACCAGUAGCCUUCUUGGCCUACAGAGUAAAUGGACAGUACAUCAUCGAGGGUCUGGUGUCCAGUUUCCUCUUCACUCUGGGUGGCCUGGGGUUCGUGGUGCUGGACAAGUCCAACGCUCCCAACCUCCCCAAACUCAACCGCUUCCUGCUCAUGUUCAUCGGCUUUGUCUGUGUUCUCAUCAGCUUCUUCAUGGCCAGGGUCUUCAUGAGGAUGAAACUUCCAGGUUACCUGUCUGGCUGAGGGGGAGCCACAGAGACUGCCAUGCUGAGGAAACAACAGGUGGUUGGAAGGCAUCAAUAGAUGGUUAACUGUCCACAAUCAUCCACAUUAAUGAGCACAAUAUUACCCAUACUUCAGUGUCAAUAAUCUACAACAUGUCAAAAAAGAUAGAAAAAAAGAUCCAGCCAAUCGUGGAGUAGACUUUGAGUAUUUAAAUCAAAAUAGAUUUGUAUUGAAUAAAAGGGCAGAUUUUAUACGCGACAAAA